AUCACACACAGGGAACAUGUACUAAAUAAAUGUGCGUAUUAAAAUUAUUGGUGUGAAAAUGUCCACUGAGACAAUUGAUAAAAAAGCAACUCAAUGUUUAUGAUAAAUUCACGGCUAAGAAGAUAUGGCGCGGCAGAGGAGCAGCGGCAUCACGAGCCUGGCUUUUAACCAGGAUCAAGGCUGCUUCACUUGCUGCCUAACAUCCGGCCUGCGCGUCUACAAUGUGGACCCACUUGUGGAGAAGACCCACUACAGCAAAGAAGAGUUGGGUGAGGUGUCACUAUGCGAGAUGAUAUUCCGCACCAACUGGCUGCUGGUGGUGAAAGCGCGACGGCCCUGCAGCCUGUUCCUGCUGGACGACAAGCAGCGACGGUUCAUAGCCGAAGUGCAGUUCAAGUCACCGAUCAGAGCCUUGCGAGCCAGGAGGGACAAAGUGGCAGUGGUGCUACCAUCUAGCAUACAAGUGCUAGCUCUGCCGAUGUUGAGCCGCGUCGCGUUGCUCCGUACGCCCAACAACACGCGGCCGCUGUGCGCCAUAGCGACUGACCCUGCCGCCACGCCGAUACUCAUUGCGCCCGCGCAUCGCAAAGGCUCGCUGCAGAUACUGGACGUGUCACGCUCGGUGAAAGGCGCUCAGUCCAGUUCCCCGGCCGUGAUAAACUGCCACAACAACGAGCUGGUGUGCGUGAGUGUUUCCCCGAAUGCCGUGAAGUUGGCGACGGCGUCGGCGCGUGGCACACUCGUGCGCGUGUGGGACGCGCAUACGAGGCAAUUGCUGCACGAACUGAGACGCGGAUCGGAUUAUGCUGAUGUGUAUUGUAUAAACUUCAACCAGUCCGGCACACUCAUAUGCUGCGUAUCGGACAAGGGCACUCUGCACGUGUGGUCUGCGCGGGGUCAAUACCCUCAUCUGGCGAGUGCCUGCGCACAUCCCGACACUAGGGCUCUCUGCGCGCUGCUCUCAGACACCAGUGCCGUCGUGGUUUGCGAAGAUGGAACAUUCCACAAGUUCAAGUUCUCCGGUGAGGGCACCUGUCACCGCAGCGACUUCGACUACUUUCUACAGGUCGGCGAUGACGACGAGUUCACGCAAUGAUUUUUUUCUUAAAAUAAAUAAAUUACAAUAACUCUAUUGGACAUUGGAUACGGACAAGUGACAUUUGAAUUCGAUACAGCGACUACGUUACGAUUGUGAUCCGCAUCAAAUGUGUGUGUGUUACCACAUUUUAUUGGACAAUGACUGGCAAGAAAAUUAGGGUGUAAUUAUGUAUUUUUACAA